AUGCCUCCUGCUCAAAACUCGUCUACAAAUUACUACUCUGUCCUCGGAGUUUCUCCUAGCGCAUCCUCCGAUGAAAUCAAAAAAGCAUACCGCAAACUGGCACUUAAAUACCAUCCUGAUAAAAACAAAAAUGACCCUUCAGCUGCUGACAAGUUUAAGGAAAUUCAAAGUGCUUCAGAUAAUCUCAUGGAUUCGACGCUAAGGCGGAAACACGAUGAAACACUAUCACGACCUACUGGAUCAUCUACAGGAUCAUCUACUGUCCCACCAAUGUACCAACACCGUCCAGCAGGUCCAUACCCACACCAGCAACAACAAAAUGCUCCUCGACAUUCAACUUUCCAUCCUAAUCCUCAGUUUAAAAGUCAUAACUCUAAUGCAUACCAGUCUCAACAACAACAAACCUCUUCUCGACCAUCCCAGUUCCAAUCAAAUCCCCAAUUUAGAGGUCACAACUUUGCAUAUUACGAAUCUUCUCCAGGUGGAACAAGAAGCACAUUCACUUCUAAAUUUUCUAGCCACUUCCCGUUUGGUGAUUCUGCAGAGUCAAUCUUUCAAAAUAUGAGGUUUGCAGAUCCAUUUAACAUGUUCCCAUCAACAGGAUUUGCUGGUACUACCCAUCCAAACUUUGGGGUGGGUAAAGGACAAACUAGGUGGCAAUCAUAUGGAACCUCUAGACCUAGGCAACAACAGCAGCAGCAGCCUCAACAACAACAACAGCAACAGCCUCAACAGCAACAGCAACAGCAACAGCAACAGCAACAGCAACAGCAACAGCAACAACAGCAACAGCAGCAGCAGCAACAACCACAACAGCAGCAGCAGCAACAACAACCUUAUGAACCAACUACGUCAAACGAAAGGACUCAACCAUAUCCAGAGAAAACAACAAAUUUUACCAGUACACGUUCAAAAAACGAGUCAAAAACAACGUACUCAUAUGUUUCACAAAGUGUUCCAUCUUUUCGCAAAGCAUCAGAAUUUGUAAAUACUGCGUCAAGUAGUUCUAAAUUCAACAGUACAUUUACAUCUGCUACCCCUUAUACCCAAUCAUCAACUUCAUCACCAAAUAUUCAGAUACCUAUUCCAAAAAAAUCUUCAAAACUUCACACAAAAGCAUCUUCAGCUUCUUUAAAUUCAGAAGAUGAAGAAGAUGAAGUGGUAAUCACAAAACAGCAGAUUCACAUUUCAGACGAUGAAACAGAUGACGGACCCCUUUCCGAAAAUGAAGCUGAAACUCAAGGACAACAUGGUUUUGAUGAAUAUGAAGAUGAUUAUUUCAGCGAAGAAUCAACCUCCCCCUAUCCUGUUCAAUUUGAUUGGGGAGAUGAAGAAGAUGAUGAUUAUCUUUACGAACAGGAUUGUCGUGAAAAUUAUGAAUUUGAAGAUGACGAUAAUGUUCAUGAUAUUUACCAUUCUGAUUCUGCCACUUAUGCCAAGGAACCCCCUAAAAAGACUCAUAAACAACGUGCCGAAGAAAUCAUUGAUCUUACAAAUGAGGACUCAGAUGCUGCUCAACGAUCUCGACGCACUUCUGCUCAAGAGCCUCAAGAAAACUGUUCAACGUCAAAACCUUCAGCCACAAGAACCCGAGCAGAUUUUGAAGAGUCUUAUCAAGAUAACCAAUUUAAAUCUUAUUCUCAUCAGGAAAAGCGAACCAGGGUUGGAGAAGAGCCAGGAGAAUUCAACCAGCCUAAUCUUUCUGAACAAAAUCAGCAAGCGCCCCCUUUAAAAAGGAAUCGAAGUGUAAGCAAGGAGGAAGAUAUUAAUGCUAGAUUUAACAACAUUCGAAUGAAGGCUAGCAAUGGAGCAGCAGCAACAGCAGCAGCAAUGGCGACAGCAAUGGCAGCAGCAGCAGCAGCAGGCAGGCGAGAAGAAAAAGAAAAUAGGUCAGGUUCUCCUGUUGUCAAUCAAGAAAACAUAGCUUCUACUUUCAAAAAAGUUCGACUUGACCCCCCUAAUAGAGAACAAGAUAGAAACUCUAUGUCUCCCGAAAAUCCAUCGGCAUAUAAUGCUGCUCGAACUGCUGCAGCGGUGGCAGCCUCUCGAGACAAUAUGAGAGCAUCCAAUAGAGUUGGAAACAAAAGAGCGACUGAAGACAAAAGGUUUAAAGCUUUUGGUGAAGAAACCAAUGGCACUUCUUCAUCCAGAAACACAUCUCCCAGCAAGGGUGCUAAGCGAGCUCGGACUGCUGAUAAUAAUGGGAGCGAUAUCAAGUGGUAUCCUGAUAUUAACAAUGUCCCUCCAUUCACUGAGACUUUGGGAAAUUUUGAGAUGGAUCAAAUAUCCAAAACAAUGGAAAGUGAAUUUCCUACUGAAAUUUCUAAAGAACAGCAGGCUGAAAACAAAAGAAAUGCUUCAAAAAUGAUUGAAUUGCAAAAAAACUAUAUCUAUGGGGAACCAGCCACUCAAAGGCAGCUCAUGGGGUUUACUCAAACUUUGCAACGAUUUAACGAGACAUUAUCAAGGAGGAAAAGGGGAAAUUUUAGCAUUGAUAAUCUUCUUAAACUGGCAUUAGAGAAAGAAUCGAGUUCUAAUAUCAUGAGUUAUGAUUUUGGUAUCAACCCAAAUAUUCUAUCUAUUGGUCCACCAGUUCCUCCAAAACAACCUCGAGUUUAUGCCUUAAAAGACCUCUUUGAACUAUUCAAAUUCUCUGCAAAGUCAUUUGAUGAUGUCAUACCUAAUGGGCCUAGUGAAUUCCCGAAAAGAGUUUAUGAUCCUAGAGAGGGAAAAGAGUAUGGACUUAGCUGGGCGACAAAUCCUCCAAACUACUUUUUUUUGAAAACUGAGGAACUCCAAAAUUAUGGAGUUAAAAUGGUUGAAUAUAUGGCUGAAUGGAAAAAUUAUGCCAGGAUCGUUUUAGAAUAUCAAACCAAUCGGUUCAAUUCCGAAGAAAAAGUCUUUUUUAAAUCCGAUGAUAAAAGUAAAGUUUUGACAGAACGGCUUGGUUCGACACAUUGUUCGGUUCAAUAUGUUGAGGCUCUUGAACAAGACAAAGUUGUUUAUAGGAUUUAUAGCGAUGCUGUUACUGCUCAUCAUGCUGCGUUAGAUAACUAUUCGCAGCUUCGUGCGUAUUUUUAA